CCUGCUGUUGCUUUGAGGCACAGCUUGUUGUGAGCAAUUGUCUCUGAGGCUCCGGCAGCACAGUUGCAGCUUGGAGCUAAGCAUGGCCUUCUCUCAGCUCCUUGCCCUGCUGCCGUGGCCGUGGUGCCACCCUUCUCUGGUGGUCAGCUCAGGGCUCCCUCUGCCCAUGCAGUCCUCGGCUGCCACUGCUGAGGGCCUCAGCAGCCCCCUCUUUGAGGCCUACACAUUCCCCAUCUUCAAGUUCCAGCCUCGCCGUGAAAGUGUGGACUGGAGGCGCAUUAGUGCCCUGGACGUGGACCGUGUGGCUCGGGAGCUGGACGUGGCCACUCUGCAGGAGAAUAUCACUGGUGUCACCUUCUGCAACUUAGACCGUGAGGUGUGCAGCCACUGUGGGCAGCCUGUGGACCCAGCACUGCUCAAGGUGCUGCGCCUGGCACAGCUCACCAUCGAGUACCUGCUGCACUGCCAGGAUUGCCUGAGUGCCAGCGUCGCCCAGCUGGAGGCACGGCUGCAGGCCAGCCUGGGCCAGCAGCAGCGCGGUCAGCAGGAGCUGGGCCGCCAGGCUGACGAGCUCAAGGGCGUACGGGAGGAGAACCGCCGGCGUCGCAAGAUGAUCAGCACCCUGCAGCAGCUGCUGAUGCAGACAGGCACCCACAGCUACCACGUGUGCCACCUGUGUGACAAGACGUUCAUGAAUGCCACCUUUCUCCGGGGCCACAUCCAGCGUAGGCAUGCAGGCAUGGCAGAAGGUGGAAAACAGAAGAAGCAGGAUCAGCCAGUGGAAGAAGUGUUAGAAGAGCUACGGGCCAAGCUAAAGUGGACCCAAGGGCAGCUGGAAGCCCAGAGGGAGGCCGAGAGGCAGCGGCAGCUCCAGGAAGCGGAGAUCACUCAUCAGAGGGAAAUAGAAGCUAAGAAAGAAUUUGAUGAAUGGAAAGAAAAAGAGCACAUCAAGCUUUAUGGGGAAAUAGACAAACUAAAAAAGUUAUUUUGGGAUGAAUUUAAAAGUGUUGCCAACCAGAACUCUACGCUAGAAGAGAAACUGCAGGCACUGCAGUCCCACAGUGUGAUGGAGUCCAACCUGGGAUCACUGCGGGAUGAUGAGUCCGAGGAGCGACUCCGGCAGACACAGGAGCUGCAGGUCCUGAGAGAGAAGAUGGAAAUUCAGAAAACUGAGUGGAAGAGAAAAAUAAAGGAACUGCACGAAGAGCAUGUGGCUGAGAAGAGAGAGCUGCAGGAGGAGAACGAGCGGCUCCAGGCCUCCCUGUCUCAGGGUCAGAGGAAGGCAGCUGCACAGUCCCAGCGGCAGAUCAGUGCCCUCCGCACCCGGCUGCAGGAACAAGCCAGGCUCAUCGCCUCCCAGGAGGAGACGAUCCAGACCUUGUCCCUCAGGAAGGAGGAGGGGAUCCGCAAGGCGCCUAAGGCUGCAGACACAGAGGAGUCGUCUCCCGAGGAAGAGCUGGAGGACUUCCGAGACGAACAGCAGAAGGUGCUGGCAGCCCUGAGGAGUAACCCCACCUUGCUGAAGCAAUUCAAGCCAAUCCUGGAGGACACCCUGGAAGAGAAGCUGGAAAGCCUGGGGAUAAAGAAGGGCACAAAGGGAAUCUCUGUUCAGACUCUCAGACACCUGGAGUCCCUGCUGAGAACCCAGCGGGAGCAGAAGGCCCGAAGUUUUUCUGAAUUUCUGAGUCUGAGGGAAAAGCUCAUCAAGGAAACCACCAGCAGAGUGAAGGAGAGAGAGGAGCAUACGGCUGUGGUGUCCCAGCCAGACGGCCAGCCUUCAGUCAAAAGCCAGCGGAGCACACCGGCCGCCAGAGAGGUCCAGCCAAAGAUCAGGACCCUGCAGGUGGCAUUGCCAUCCAAGCCGCCAGAGCCACCCACACCAACUCCUCAGAGCCGUGGCAGCCGUGGCCCUGGUCCGACCCAGGUGUCCACCUCCACUCCACGCCCCAGAGUGCGUGGACCCUCCAGCACUCCUGCUUCCCCGGGGCCCAGGCCGAGCAGCACGUCCCCGUUCAGUUCUGAGGAGGACUCGGAGGGAGGCUCCGUGCAGCGUGCGCCUCCUCAGCCCCUUCCAGCUCCUUCCAGGGUGGUGGCCCUGCGGCCGGAGGAUGACUGGGGCUGGUCUGACACGGAGACUUCAGAGAACGCCCUGCCCCCUGGCAAGGGCUCAGGCGGGCUGGCUUCCUCGGGUACGCUGGUGCAGUCGAUGGUCAAAAACCUGGAGAAGCAGCUCGAAGCUCCGGCAAAGAAACCUGCUGGAGGGGUCAGUCUGUUUUCAAUGCCCAAUGCCGGGCCACAGAGGGCUGCCGUGCUAGGAAAGAAGCCUCAGCUUUCUGAAGAUGAGAGUGACCUGGAGAUCUCUUCCUUGGAAGAUCUUUCCCAGGACCUGGACCAGAGAGAGAAACCCAAGCCCUUGUCUCGCUCGAAGCCCCCAGAGAAGUUUGGCACUGGUCCUUGGAGCUCUGGCCGACCCAGGGUCCCUGGCUGGUAAUCUCAGCCCAGAGCCUGGCUGGCCAGAGGAUCAGCCUUGUCACCUGGCUGGGGUCAGCUCAGGUCCCACCCCAACAGAAGAGGCUGCCGGGUCUCUUGUCUUCACCAGCAACCAAGAGGUUUUCUCCUUGGAGAGAAGCAGAGCAGGGAGUGGAUAUGAUCUCUUCCCUCCCUACCUGUGAGGGGCCCUGCCACAGAGGCCCCUCAGUGCCUGGCUGGGUGCCCCUGGGUCCCAAGGCUUGAGAGAGGUUAUAACAGGACCUCCGGGUAGUUUCCUUCCUUCACCUCCGUGGCCACUCCAGACUGAAAAGAGUUACUCAGUCUGUCUUCCCAAGCCUUUUAUAAACCUGCAAGAACACUGGAGAUAGGUCGUAUAUGGGGCUUUUUUGGGUAGAUAUGCCUCGGUCAGUCAUUCAGUGACUGACCCAAAGUCAGUUAUUGAAUGCCUACUCUGUGCUGGCUCCUCCAGCCUCUCGCUACUGAGUUGGGGUGCAGCCAGAGGUGGGUGGGGCAGAAUGUCUACAGCCAGUGCCAGUCCUGGGUAGUGAUCUAGUGACAGAGAUGAGGGUGUUACAGGAGCAUACACGAGGCCACCCAACCCAGCCUCGGGUGAUCUUGGAGAGUUUCCCAGAGUCGCGAUGUCUGGCAGGCCCGUUCAUGGGUGGGGGGGAAGGGGGGCCACUUGGCUGGGACCUCAUAUCCCCAGAGGACCACACAUUUAAUUUUCAACAUUAUUUCCAAAAUCAGGUUAUAUACCUAGCCAUUGUAUUUUUUUAGUAUGAAAAACACUAAUUUAUUAUAUGCAAAUGUUUAAAUAUAGCAUGAUGUUUUUCACUC